AAGCGACCAAGAGCCCAGGAGCGGGAAGGGACAGGCCCGCGGCCACCGACUCGGAGGCGCCGCGCCGACAGCAUGCGCUUCUCCCGCAACGCGGACGCGGGUCCGGCGGGCAACUCCAGCUCCUGGUGGGCUCCGACCGCAGACGGUGCCAACAGCAGCGGCGAGGCAGAUGUGCCGGGCGAAGGCGACUGCCAGCCCCGGGACGUGCGCAACGAGGAGCUGGCCAAGGUAGAGAUCGCUGUGCUGGCUGUGACUUUCGUGGUGGCGGUGCUGGGCAACAGCAGCGUGCUGCUAGCUCUGCACCGGACGCCUCGCAAGACGUCCCGCAUGCACCUCUUCAUCCGGCACCUCAGCCUGGCCGACUUGGCGGUCGCCUUCUUCCAGGUGUUACCGCAGCUGUGCUGGGACAUCACCUACCGCUUCCGCGGCCCCGACUGGCUGUGCCGCGUGGUGAAGCACCUGCAGGUGUUCGCCAUGUUCGCGUCGGCCUACAUGCUGGUCGUCAUGACCGCGGACCGCUACAUCGCCGUGUGCCACCCGCUCAAGACUCUGCAGCAGCCCGCGCGCCGCUCGCGCCUCAUGAUCGCCGCCUCUUGGGCGCUGAGCUUCGCGCUGAGCACCCCGCAGUACUUCAUCUUCUCCAUGAUCGAGGUGGACAACGUCACCAAAGCCCAAGACUGCUGGGCCACCUUCAUCCAGCCCUGGGGGAGCCGCGCCUACGUCACCUGGAUGACGAGCUGCGUCUUCGUGGCACCCGUGGUCAUCUUAGGUACCUGCUACGGCUUCAUCUGCUAUCACAUCUGGCGCAAUGUCCGCGGAAAAACCGCGUCGCGCCAGGGCAAGAGCGCAGGGGGCUCAGGGAGCGCCUUCCACAAGGGGCUCUCGGACGCGCCCUUCGUCAGCAGCGUGAAGACUAUUUCCCGCGCCAAGAUCCGCACGGUGAAAAUGACUUUUGUCAUUGUGACGGUUUACAUCCUCUGUUGGGCGCCUUUCAUCAUCGUCCAGAUGUGGUCCGUCUGGGAUGAGAAGUUCCUCUGGACCGAUUCAGAAAACCCUUCUACCACCAUCACUGCACUACUGGCUUCCUUGAACAGCUGCUGCAACCCCUGGAUAUACAUGUUUUUCAGUGGCCAUCUCCUGCAAGACUGUGUCAAAAGCUUCCCAUGCUGCCAAACCAUGAAGCAAAAAUUCCACAAAGAAGAUACUGACAGUAUGAGCAGAAGACACACUUCUUACUCCAACAACCGAAGCCCAACAAACAGCACAGGUACAUGGAAGGACUCACCUAAAUCUUCCAAAUCCAUCAGAUUCAUUCCUGUUUCUACCUGACUUCGGGUUCAUGCAGCCUGACUCUCAUAACUGACUUUUUGGUCCAUUAGUUAAUCCAACCAGAAAUUCUGAGAACAAACGAACUAGGUGAGAUAAACGUGAUUCAGCUCAUUUUGUACAAGACUUUGCUUCUAGUUGGAUUUUCCGCAUUGCUAAACCCAAGCAGUGUGAUUAUUUUAUACAGAAUGUUAAUGAAAACACACUACACUAAGAUGUGGAGGCUUGAUUCCCAGAAGUAUAACAUGAGUUAUGUUUCAAAAGGAAAAAAUCAUAACCACCUGGCUUUACAUUUUGUUGGUUUAGUUUUGUUACUGACAUAAGUCAAGCCUGACUGCUUUCUGAACAAAGGGAGCUCAUCAUUCAGAAAAGGCUUCAGAAUAACCAUGUUUUCUUUCAAUAAAAUCAGUAUGUGUAUCAGAACGUGAAGCUCCAAGUGGUAACCUAGAGAACAGCACUUUGGAGGGCUCUGAGCUGGUGCUCAGAGCAAGGUGGGGCCAGUUUGAAGUGAAAAAAGUAAGUUCUAUUACAAGCAAUAAGUCACCCUGAAUUUCAAAAUGACAACUAGCAGUACCCUCUUUUAGUUUCCUCAUAAUGUAUGUGCUCUGAAAUGUAGACAGGCCAAGAAUAUGUUUUUCCUCAAAUGGAAAGAUGGCUUUAGAUCAGAGUUGAGGAAUGCCAAAUUUUAUAGAAAAGUAGGACAAGAGUACAUAAGGUAGUCUGAAGACUUGUUUGGGGUACUAUAAGUGUAUUUUAUUUUGUUAUAAGAUGACCUGUGUGAUGCUGGAUAUUAACACGAUAGUUCUUUUCAUGUUGCAUGAAUUCAGCCUUACAGAUGAGAGUCUUCUUGAUGGUGACUCGAGAUACAAAAUUCCCACUUCUAUGUUUAGUUGGGAGAGCCUUUCAAUCUCCCAUCCACCUAACAGAAUAGAGAAGAACAGGGGCAAAGGGCAAGGGCAGGAAAGUGUGACAGAGAAUAGCUCUAAAUCUAGUCUGAGUUCCACCAAUACUAAAUAUAUCACUUUGGACAAGCUACACAUGAAAUCACAUAAAGCCUGUUUCCGUGGCUGUAUAAUGGAGUUAGUAACACCCACCUCACAGGGUUGUUGUGAGGACUGAAUGAAAUUAAAUGUGUGGAAAGAAAUUUGUGAGCUGUAAAAUGGUGUAUAUGUAUGCUAAUAGUUGCUUUUACUAUAUUAUUGGGAUCUCCAGAAUUGAACAGUUUUUUUCUCACUUAUUUUUCAUUAAUCAAAAGCAGUUGAAUUCAUGUCUGUAAUAUAAAAUCCUGAAAUUUAAAUAUAGAUCUGCUGAAUCAUUGGAAAGCAUUGCCAGUAGCCAUUUGGCCUGACUUGUCUCACCUAACUAAAGUUUUCCAGUAGACAGAAUUUGCUUUUCUUUCAGUGCAGGUAGACCAAAGCCAACUGAGAACAUCAAUUGCUUUCAUUUCUAAACAGAGAUAAAUUAUAGCACUCCCAGAAAUUGAUGCAUUUUUGUUGUUGUUGUUGUUGUUGUUGUUAAUGGAACCUGUUGGGUUUUGUCUAGUUAUUUUGUCUGGCUCCUUCUUAGAAAUCAUGCCACAAUUUGAGAAUACAUAUUUUGAGUCUCUUAGAGGAAGGAAUAGCUACUUUUAGUAGUAGUACAGGGUCUGUUUUUAAACUUUGUAGAUAAGAAGCUGUGGACUGAAUGAUGCUGCAAUAAACUGGAAUCUUCAGCUUCA